CGUUUUGGGAUUGGAGUUACACAGAUAUCAAAGUCUACCGUUGCGGGACCCAUGCCUUUCCUACAGGAACCUACUACCUAUUCUUGGCACAAGAGAGGUUGCCGUGGGUUUUUGUGUGCUCAGUAUGCGUCGAGUCGCGUCUUGGUCGAGAAGCGACCGAUUUGUUGUCAGAGACAAUACGUUACUCGGUGAGAAUGGUAACCCGUGCCCCAUCGAACGUGGCAUUUGGUAUCCACGUAUCAAGCACCCGAGCGUCGACAUCGAGCACUUCAGCGAUAGCAGCGGUCUUGGGGACAUCAUAUGCUCUCUUGUCUUCGUGUGCCCGACGUGCCCGCCUUGCAGCGGCAUGGUCACAUAUACUGUCUUCUACCAGCACCGAAUUCGCGUCGAAAGCGGGCUAGGACGUCACGGCUCUGUGCACAGCGUCGAGCGAGCUGCGCAAUCCGGGGUGGCUGCACCGUCUCCUACUUGCAGGGACCACACGUCGUCUUACUCUACCUCUCAAGUCGCUCCCAAAGACGGGCCUUGGAGAAGUCUUGUGCCCUGCUCUGGCGGCCGCCUACCUGAACUACGACCGUAUCGCUCUGGAGCAGCGACUGCGGACUGUUGCUGACCACCUGUCGUCGUCUGGCCCCCUGAACGCUAUUGAACAGAUCUGUAAGACGAAGAGCAGAUUUAAUUCAACCGCAAGCUCCAAGUGCGCCCUAUGGCCGCAGAUUCCACGUUAACGGACUGAUAGUGUUCUUAUAGGACUAAUCAGCGACCAACCAGGGUUGAUCUAUCGGACUUGCGAGACGCUCUUCGAACGCUAUACCUUGCUCGGUCUCCAGCUCGAAAAGUGCAUUCACACCCUUCUCUACAUUCUCGAGGUGAUCCCAACGGAGUCGUUCACUGAUUACGACUCUUUCACGAGCAGACUUCGGCGUCACCUGCCUGUUUGGCCGAUUUUGCACCAGGUUUCAUCUCAACUUGCUUCGAUACGCAAUCGAGGGGAAAUAGCUUUUAUUGAACCUUUUUUUACCAAGUUUUCUCAGGAACAAAGCUCCGCCAGCCACCCUGUGUUAUCUGCCCAGUCCGCAGCUUAACCUCAAGAAGUUUAGUCCUUCAGGCACAUAGAAGCAUGGUAACAUAUCAGAGAGAUCUUACAUUUAUCUCGGUAAAAGGGAGUUUCAAAUGGUCCAGCUCGUCAAGGGUGUCGUCCGGUUCCGAUACAAGGUGAUGUGCCAAACGCUGGACUAAAUUAUACGCUGUUCUUAGGUUGGGAGAGCAAGAUAACGGCGUUGUUCGCCGACGCCUCGUACGCUCGUUAUUUACUCGU